UCUAAACUAUUGUCCACAUAUUUAUCCAAAAGCUCUAUUUCAUGAUACUAGAAUCUGAGAACAGUGCAAUAAUGGAUCAGCAUUUCAAAGAGGAGUUGGCCGAACCAGUUACUCCAACGGGAUAUUACGCAGACAGCAAUUAUCUUAGCAUGUAUAUUCUUGCAGUCUUAGAGUUUGAAGUUCCCAUCCAUGACUUGCCAGUUGUGUCUCUGAUCAAAGAUGCAUUUCACAACAUCCCUCGCUUCACCUCUAUAAUGAUUCAAGAUGAAAAAGGAGUGAAAAGAUGGAAACGUGUUGAGGUGAAGUUUGAGGAGCAUGUCACUGAGCUCAAUUUCAUUGAUGGCAUGUCAGUGGAUUCAUAUGACAAGCAUUUUGGUGAUUACUUGUCAAGGAUAGCAAUGGAGAAACUACCAAAGACAAGGCCAUUGUGGCAAGUCCAUGUAAUCAAAUACCCAACAAGCAAUGCUAAAGGAACCGUGGUACUCAAAUUUCACCAUGCAAUUGGAGAUGGCUACACUCUCAUGGGUCUUCUUCUUUCUUCUUUACAAAGUGCUGAUGACCCCUCUCUUCCUCUGUCUUUUCCAUCACGCAAGUCAUCAAAACCAGAAAAUACAAGCAAAUUCUUUUUGAAGAGAAUUCCUCUGCUUCUCUCCAUGGUUUGCAAUUCCUUGUCAGAGUUUGGAUACAGCCUUUUGAAAAGUUUUUUAAUUGAAGAUGAUAAAACACCAAUAAGGUCUGGGGUUGAACAAUUUGAGUCUCGAUCAACCGUGAUAUCAAACAUCACAUUUUCAAUUGACCAUAUCAAAGAAAUUAAGUCUAAUCUUGGAGUGACUGUAAAUGAUGUAAUUACUGGAAUAAUCUUUUAUGGGAUUCGGCUUUACAUGCAAGACAUUGACUCUAGGUCAGGAACAUUGAAUUCCACUGCAUUGGCAAUAGCCAACACAAGAAAAGUUAAAGAUUAUCAUGGAGUUCAGGAAAUGUUAAAGACUGCAAAGGGUGCUUGGGGUAACCACAUUACUUACUUGCAUGUGUCAGUGCCCAAAUUAGAAGACACCCCAAUUUCGAAUCCUCUCCAAUUUGUCAGAAAAGCACACUCUUCAAUCAAGAGGAAGAGAAAUUCUUUUGCUGCUAUUUUGAUUGUCAAGCUUCUACGAAUGAAGCUAAAGAUUCAAGGCCCUGAGGCAGUGGCUAAAGAUGUCCAUAGGACAAUGACAAAUUCAAGCUUACUGAUCUCAAACUUGGUCGGACCACUUGGGAAAAUGGCUUCAGCCAAUCAUCCCAUAAGUGGGCUCUUCUUUACGGUGUCUGGUAUUCCACAGAGUCUUGUAAUUUCAAUUAUUAGCUAUAUGGGAAUGUUACGAGUAACCACUGCAACAGAACAAGGGUCCAUAGAUGAGAAAAAGUUGGUGGGGUACGUGAACAAUGCCUUUGAGAUAAUAUAUCGAGAAGCAGCCAAGCAAAAUACUAGAAAGUGAAAUGAAUUUUA